AUGACAGAUUUGUCAUCUUCCUCCUUCUUUUCUGAUUUGGGGCUGCUACUGUAUUUGGAGGAGCUAAACAAAGAGGAAUUAAAUAGAUUCAAGUCACUCCUAAAGAGUGAGACCACGGGACCUGGAUCCUGCAGGAUACCCUGGUCUGAAGUGAAGAAGGCCAAGCGGGAGGAUUUGGCUAACUUGAUGAACAAGUACCAUCCAGGAGAGCAGGCCUGGGGGGUGGCUCUCAAAAUCUUUGGCAAGAUGAACCUGAAGGAUCUGUGUGAGAGAGCAAACGCAGAGAUCAACUGGACAGCCCAGACGAGACCAGAGGACACUGGGGCCAGAGAGGUACAAGGUGAUCAGGAAGCAGUGCUGGGUGAUGGAGCAGAAUACAGAGUUCAAAUAAGGGAAACAUUUUGCAUCAUGUUAGAUAAGAACCAUUUGCUUGGAGAAUCUGAAAACUUCUGUCAUGAAAUUGCUCAGGAAGGCCGAGAACUGUUGGAACGUUUGUUUGAUGAGGAUGUCAGAACAGGUGAGCAGCCUGUUCUGCUGAUCCUUCAGGGGGCUGAGGGAGUUGGGAAGACAACCUUGGUGAGAAUGGUGAUGUUAGACUGGGCACAGGGCAGCCCCUACCAGCAGAAAUUCACCUAUGUUUUUUAUCUCAAUGCAAGAGAAAUGAACCAGUUGAGAGAGAGAAGCUUUGCUCAAAUGAUAUCAAAGGACUGGCCCUGCACAGAAGGCCCCAUUGAAAGGAUUCUGUCCCAGCCGAGUAGUCUCCUUUUUAUUACUGAUAGUUUUGAUGAACUGAACUUUGCCUUUGAGGAACCUGAGUGUGUGCUGUGUACAGACUGGACCCAGGUACACCCCAUGUCCUUCCUCAUGAGUAGUUUGCUGAGAAAAGUGAAGCUCCCUGAGUCGUCCUUAUUGGUGACGACAAAACUCACAGCUUCUUGGAAUCAAUCCAGCGACCUAACUGCGGUUUGUUGCCGAAAUAUCUCUAAGGCUCUCAUCAGAAGCCAAAGCUUGUUAUCUCUGAAUCCAUCAACGAAUAAUCUCUUGGAUGACAGAGUGAAGAUGUCGUGUGAGGCCUUAAUGCAUCCAACGUGUAACCUAGAGAGAUUAUCCUUAGAAAGCUGUGGGCUCACGGUAGCUGGCUGUGAGGAUCUCUCUGUGGCUCUCAUCAGCAGUAAAAGGCUGACACGUUUAUGCUUGGUGGACAGUGUCUUGGGAGAUAGUGGAGUAAAGCUUAUGAGUGAUGCCUUGAAACAUGCAGAGUGCACUCUACAGAGCCUUGUAAUCUUUAAUGAUAAUGAAGAUGAUGAGGAUGAUGAUAUUAAUAAUCGCCAUUUAUUUUGUCCUGACUUUGUGCUGGGCCCUGCGCAAAAUUUGUUUAGCCUGAACGGAAGUACCUAUUGGUGUCAGAUUGGCCACCUGAGUUCUAAGUGCCUCACUGAACAGUUGAUUGUCACAUCUGUAAACACCAAGGUGAUUGAACUCUUGGAUCCAAUAAGCACCUGUACUUCCUCUGGGAAAAUAGUGAUGGGCUGUGUUCUCAUUAGUGCAUGUUGUCUGGAUCUGUCUUCUGCUAUUUUGAACAACCCAAACCUGAAGAGCCUGGACCUUGGGAACAAUGACCUGCAGGAUGAUGGAGUAAGAAUUCUGUUUGAGGCUUUGAGACAUCCAAACUGCAAUAUUCAGAGGCUUGGGUAACGUGGAUUGGAACGCAUUAAAAUUCCUCUCAUUAAGAGCAAUGGGAAAAACUUUUUUUCAGGAGUGACUGAAAGAAUUCAGGCCAAAGGUAAACGAGU